AUGCCGAAUUUAACGAUAUAUUCUUGGUAUUACCAAGCCGGUGAAGAUGCUGCUGCUAACUUUGAAUCGGAAGCUCAACUUAACAUCAUCCAAGUUAUGUCUAUUCCUGUCUUGGCUUCUGUCUGUAUGAAGAUUUUUGUGGUCCAUGCUUGUUCUCAAUUGACGGUAUGUUACAUUGGUGUUGCUGCUUUAAAUGUAGUCGUUACGGUAGUAGGACUUUCCUUAAUUGAUCGUCUUGGACGUAAGACACUCUUAUUGAUUUCAAUUGCUGGUAUGUGUAUCUGGUGUGUCAUUAUGACCAUUGCCAUGCGUUUCUUGGUAGGUGCACUUCAAGUUGUUUGUAUUAUGCUCUACGUUGCUUCCUAUGCUGUUGGUUAUGGUAUGAUUCCCUUUGUACUUAACGGAGAAUCCUUCCCUACAUACGCAGUGGGUGCAGCUUCCUCUGCUUGUUUAGCCAUCAAUUGGCUUUUCAAUUUCGUCAUUGGUUUAAUUUUCCCUACCUUAUUGGCAGCUUGUGGACCAUAUGUGUUCUUGAUUUUUGCAGGACUCAGUUUGUUUGUUUUCCUAUUUGUAUUAGCCUUUAUCCCAGAGACCAAGCAAAAGUCUCUUGAUGAAAUUGGUCGACAACUUGGGUGGUACGGCAUUGAUGUAGCCGAGGCUCUGAAUCGAAAAAGAAUAAGACCAAGAUUUAAAAUAACUUGUUAA